CUUAAAUGAAAUGAGCGCUGUGCACUCUCCCCCGACCGUCAGGAUAAUAUGGCAGUGUCUGGUCUUGACGGCAUCCGUACUACACAAGUUACCAUCAUAAACGGAUUAAAGAUGAACAUAGCUUCACAUCCUCAUCUUCGGCCUUUUUGCCCUUCUCUUUCAUGUACUUACCCUUCACUUGGCACACUUGACGCAACUUCAACCCUUUUGCCUUUUCUUCGCGCUCAGGUAGAUUUAGGCCUGAGGCCUCGUGUGUGAUCACAGCCUUAGGCUGCAUAUGACCGUCUAAUGUCCAUCUACUUUCGCAAGCAGCUGCAGCUCCGCGAGCCUCCAUCGUCAGUCCCUUGUCCUGAUCAACCUGGUGAACAAUGCUUCAUUUCAAGUGAGGAACAUCAUACAAAACACGGUGUUCACAGACACACUACUGCCUCAUCCGAAGCGGAAACGACCUCAUUAAACGCUUCACUUACCACUGUUCCAGGAGAACCAAACCCUUCUAUAGCCGCUACAUCCUCGUCUGCCAUGGACGUUCCACCAGAUUCCGCCAUCCCGACGACAACUCCUUUCGAUCCUGAGGCGAGUACAGCAGAUCAGCCGCCAUUCAGUGCCCAACCAGGCCCGACGCCCCCCAUCAUCGCGUCGGAAACCUUUACAUCGGUCCUUCCAUCGAGCAGCGCUCCCGAUGUUGUUGCGUCUUCAUCACUUAUUCCAUCAUCGACGGAUCCGCUCAUCAUUAUCCCCCCACCCCCCUCAACGUCAGAUACUUCCAGCAGCAACACCGACACAGAAUCAAGUCCAAUCUCUUCCCCUGCUACGGCCACCCAUCAUUCCAAUGCUGCCGGGGCAAUAGCAGGCGGUGUCAUCGGGGGUCUCGCAUUCAUAGCCUUGCUCAUUGCAGGAUGGUUCUUCUGGAGAAAGAGGAAAUAUCGAAGACAUCACCUCGCACCGUCCGCCGAGUUCAUGCACCAUCAUAACCGCUAUCCAUCCGUCCCAGGCAGCAUUCACCCACAUAGCGCGACACCGCCGCUCAUGCGAGACAAUUCGUUGGAAGGCGAUGAGCCGCCUCCGGCGUUCACAAAGGGAACGUUCAAUGAUCCGAUAUUCGAGAAACUCAGUGCGGCGGCGCAACAGAGGGAGAUGUACACUUCACCAUACAGGGGUAAUCAGGAGAUCAACACACAGUCGAGAGUGUUGUCACCAGCUGCUUCGACCAGUUCCAACCCUUACAGUCGGCCGAGGACGAUGCAUCCGGUUUAAUUUAUUCUAUAUAUCCUUUCCCCCCCUUUCUCCAUGCAGGGUGCGUUCACCAGGGUAUCGAAGGCGAUGUCAUGACAGCUUACUUUGUUCAUCAUCAUUCAAAAGAUCAGGCUUCAGGUGGUUAGAUCAUGGCGGGGGGUGAUGGGGGUGACGUCCAUGCACGAUUGUCUUGGGUACCCUGGUGCGAACUCUAGCUGGACUUUCAUUUGUACAUAUAUUCAACACUUAGAUCUUCCGUAUUUGCACUUGCUUCAGCUCAGAUAAGCCAUUUCUUGAGGUAUACCGUAAAGUGAAGUACCUGCAGAUAGUUUAUAGAUCCAUGAUAAAUAGAUAGAAAGAUGACAAGUGAGGAUAUAGAGUAACAC